GAAAAAACAAAACGCGAAAGCAGUAAAUGUAACCUGCAGAAACUCUUAGAUUAAAAAGCAGAACGAUUUUCAACAUGAGCGUUGAACGAGGAAACCUGACAUGGACACUGAUGCUACUGUUUCUGACAGGUGUUCUUUGCGGUCCGUGGAAUGUGAAAUAUCAGCGGGAACAUAUCUGUGCAGUGAACGGCUCGUCUGUUGUUCUUCUUUGUUCAUAUGACUAUCCUGACAUCGAGACAGUACACAGUUUGAAAUGGGGUCAUGAAAGACAUAAUAUUUAUGAAGGUCCUUUCAUAUUUGACAGCAUGAUUAAUAACUCUUUGAGAUUCCAGAAUAUUGGUGACAAACGUCACAAUUGUUCUUUAAAAAUACAACAAGUAGAGCAUAAUGAUACAGGAACAUAUAUCUUCAGAUUUGAAACUAAGUCUGAAAAGGGCAAAUGGACUGGUAGAGGUGGCUCAACAUUAAAGGUUGUUGAUUUGAACAUUUCUGUGACAAAACCUCGUGGAAACAGAACAACCAAGGAAGGCGACUCUGUGAAUCUGACGUGUAUUAACGGCUGUGAUGGCGGUAACCUUUCAUCUGCUUUCACCUGGUUUAAAAAUGGAGAACACAUAAAUGAAGGAGCUGUACUUUAUUUAAGCAACAUGUCCUCCGCAAACUCUGGAAACUACACUUGUUCUCUGAAAACACACACAGGAACAACUUCAGGAGUCACAAAUAUUGAUGUUGAAUAUGGCCCCAAGAACACAUCAGUGUCUGUCAGACCAUCGAUGGAGGAAGACGCCGGCAGCAACAUCACCCUGGUCUGCAGCAGCCAUGCAAACCCCCCAGUGGAGAAUUAUACUUGGUUUAAAAUAGAUGAAGAUGAUAUUAUGGAUGUCGGCCACCAGCCUGUGUUCUUCCCGGGUGAUGUUGAAUAUUGGACAACAUUUAGUAGAGAUGUGCUUAUCUUUGCUGCUGUUGCUGUGCUUGUGCUUGUGGCUGUGCCCACUGGUAUUGCCAUCCGAAGACGCAACAAAAAAAGGACAAAAGCACCAGAGACUGACUGUGAGGAGGACGCACAGGUGGCACUGUCAUUAUAUUGA